UCUGCUGUCUCAUCUCUGAUUGGUCGCCUUGCUGACAGCGUGCGGGAAAGAUGGCGGCGGCCAGUGGAGUGGGGUUGGUGCUGAAAUCUGUGAAGUCCAUCGCUGUCCGCUUGUGUCCCUUCGAGCCCAAUGUGAGGGCCACCAGAGAAUUUUUAGAAGUUAUUAACGCCAAGAAAAUCCGUACCACCAAUAGCAAUUGUGAAAUAACUGUAGAUGUGAGGCAUGACCAGUCUGAGCCAUUGGUAGACGUACACUUUGUUGAUGGUGAAAGACUGCUGAUUAAAUCUGGCAAUGUGACCGCCAGGGAAAUGCUCCUGAAAUUGGGAGCGCUCUGUUCUGCUAAAGACAUGCAGACGAAGGACUCCGCCAAGAAAUAGAUUGCCACCAUUCUUCUGUCCAGACCUCAGGAACCAAGUGGGACUCCAAGGGACGGUCAUCGUCUAUUUAUUAUGUGCUCAAAGUUUAAUGACAUGGUUGUAGUCUUGGUUCUAGCAAAAAGAGGAAGACCCCAUCAAGAAAGAAAUUCAGAUAUACAGGCUGAUUGCACAAGACUUUGUUCUCAUUAAAGUGUAUCUAUAGCCCAAACUUAUAGUUUUGGAAUUUUUGUGGGGAGGGUUAGAACCUUGGUCUGGUUUUCCUGCAGUGGGAGGCUGUGUUGGGAGAGAUUCAUGUCUGGUAAAAAAAAUAUACCCAGUACAGCGAAUGAGGAAAAUCAUCUCUAACAGCAACACAGACAGAAGUAAAAAAUGUUUUUCUUUUUUUAAGUUUGAGUGGAACUAAAGUGAAAAAAUAAAAACAUUUAAACAGA